AUGCCAGGUGAGCCCAAGAAGAGACUGGGGGGACCCACUCGACGCGAAAACGUUCCCCCGCAACGGAGUUGCGGCAGCAGGCGCGCGGCGUGCAGAGCUGUCGUCUGCAUCUGUGAUUUCCUGCCACUCCCCACGGCAUCGAGGGGGGCGCGUGAACAGCAGCAGAGGCUGCGGCAGCAAGCAGAUGCAUCCAUUGGGCGGAAGGUUACUGCAUCUCACCGUGACAGUGAGAAGCGCAGCGUACGGCUCCUUCCACGUGCUGUACGUACAUUAGGGCCGUGGGGGAGGCGCAUGAGAAGAAACGGUGGGGCCUCUCAUGCUCAGAGCGGUUACCUGAAGGGAACACGAAGAGACCCCAGUGCCCCGUUCAAUCAUCGUGCGCGCUUCUCUAAACUGAAACGGAGAAUCAUUGAGGAACGAAAGACGGUCUUCAAGGCCCUUGCGGAAGGUGCGCUGUACAGCAACCCAAGCGAAGGUCUCACUGGUGACUCUGGCGGUGCGCCAAGCAAAUCUCCCGCUGGAGAUGGCGUUAAUCCGCAGUGCGAGUUGCUGCGGCAUAUGCAAUCUCUUGUUGCGGAGCUGGAGGCGGCGCACGGCGAACUGCAUCGCGCAAUGCGGUCGAAGGAGUACGCGAAGGCAGGGCGCUGCAUUGGAAAGAUACGACACCUCAAGAAGCGUUUGAAUUAUACCGCGUUGAAGUGGCGUAUGGAGGCGUUGGUGGGGGAAGCCACAGAUGAAACAACUGCAGUGGCUACAGCUUCCUCUGGGGCACUCGGUGAAGCACACAGCAACGACGCUGACAGCUCCUCUGCAGUGACAAGCGAGCCAAACUACGUGAACUUUUACCCUUCGCUUGCGUCGAUGGGUGUUGGGGCCCACCCUCACACGGAGCUGAUUGAUCAGCGCAGCAGCAGAUACCCGCGGCGCAUCAGUGGCGAUGCGCUGCUCCAUUUGGGCGACGCAACGGAACAAGCGGCCUGCAGACUUCCACCCGUGUCAUCUGGCACAAAGUACGUGGGCCCAUACUGCAGAAACAUCAUUACUGAUGAGCUGGAUGACCUUGUCUUUACGAUCCUGCAACAGCAGUACCAGCUGCAGAGGCGCAUGAAGAAGGAGAAGCCACUUCAAUUCAAGGGGAGACGCUUUUACUCCACUGGGCUUCGCGAGACACUCAAGGGGCUGCGCGCCGCCGCCACGCGCAUUCCCGUAGUGCUGCUUGCCUCCGACAUUGAAUUCAACACUGCUGCUCAUGUGCAGCACGGUCACAACGACGAGGCACCACCCGCUCCAUGCAAGGGCGGCGCACCCAGCGCGAAGAAAAUGACUGUGUCAGAGUUAGGUGUGAGUGGGACGCUGGAGGAAAUUCGGUCCCAUUGUGCUGUAAACGGCAUUCCGCUGAUUACAUGUAUGAAUCGCCGUCGACUGGCAUAUGCCCUGUUUGCAAAGGGCUGCAGUGUUUCUGCGGUGUUGCUGCACUCAGCUGAAGGUGUGCACGAGGAAGUGAAAGUACUGCGUCGCUACGCGCAGCACCUCUCUGAGGCGUACACCACGCUUGUAGCUUCCAGGCUAAACACACCUCAGCUGCUCUGA